GGAAAAGAUUCUGAAAACAGACUGUGAAUUCACCAAACAGAACCGGUUGGAUGCUUAACUUUGGAAUUGUGCAAUAGAUGACACCAUUAAAGAACUUGAUGAUGACUGCGACCUUCCUACAUGCUGGAGCGUGGGUGCACAUAUUACUGAUUCUGAUGGGUUUUCCCAGGAACGUGAGCUGCACACACCCAGAAUGUGCCCUUGUACUUCAGGUUUUGGAACAAGAGGCCCAGUGUUAUGAGAAGAUAAAAUUGGAGAAUACAAGUUCACGCAACUCCACCCAUGGCGACUGCAACAUGGAGUGGGAUGGAGUCAACUGCUGGAGUGCUGCUUCAAUAGGACAAACUGUGACAGUCUCUUGCCCGGAGAGCCUGCAGAUGUUUCUAAACUCAAAAGUUGUGAUCAGCAGAAACUGCACAGAGGACGGAUGGACCCCUCAUUCCCCUCCAUAUUAUAAAGCUUGUGUAUUCAGUGGAACCAAUGAGACAGAAGAAAAGAGAGAUUAUUUCCAUACAGUGAAAAUCCUGUACACGUGUGGCUAUGCAGCGUCCCUUACCGCUCUUGUGACUGCCAUCAGCAUCUUCUCCCUGUUCAGGAAACUGCACUGCCCCAGGAACUUCAUCCAUGUCAACCUCUUUGUGUCAUUCAUCCUCCGUGGAAUCGCUGUGUUUAUUAAAGAUGCUGUUCUCUUUGCCGAUGAGGAUGUAGACCACUGUACAAUGUCAACGGUGGGCUGUAAGGCAGCUGUAGUGUUUUUCCAAUACUCUGUCCUUGCAAACUUUUCUUGGCUGCUUGUGGAAGGCAUGUAUCUACACACUUUGCUUACCCUCACUUUUACUUACCAGAGAAAAUACUUUUGGUGGUAUAUAGUCAUCGGAUGGGGUGCCCCGGCCCUCACCGUUUCAGUAUGGAUCAAAACAAGAAUUCAGUUUGACAAUACAGGGUGCUGGGAUGAUUAUGAGAGCAUUUACUGGUGGAUAAUCAAGACCCCAAUACUGCUUGCAAUAUUUAUCAACUUCAUCAUAUUUCUCAAUGUGAUCAGAAUUCUUAUCCAGAAGAUACGAUGCCCAGAUAUCAGCAAAAAUUAUAAACAGCAGUACAUGAGACUCGCAAAGUCUACUCUUCUCCUCAUCCCUCUGUUUGGGGUUCAUUAUGUUAUCUUCGCACUGUUUCCGGAGCACAUCGGUAUUUGGGCACGAAUGUACUUUGAACUUGUUCUUGGAUCCAAUCAGGGAUUCAUAGUGGCUUUGCUCUACUGCUUCCUCAAUGGAGAGGUCCAGGCGGAGAUCCAGAGGCACUGGGGCAAGUGGCAGAGCUCAUUAGAGAGCAACGUAUUUAACCUGGUGACACAAGACUUCACAGCAUAAAGUCAUAGGCACUGAAGAUGCAAAGAAGACCUUUUAGGAUGGUACAAAGCGCAAAGAAGACCUUUUAGGGUGCUACAAAGCAGGGCUAACCGUAAACCCGGCAAAAAUUAAAUGCAGAGCUUGCUAUGCUAUUUAUCAAGCAACAACCCAUCAACUCUUCAUUGGGCCCCCUCUUAUCAUCAGCUAUGACACAAGUUGCAUUGUGCUCGGUUUCUAAUGACAUCAUGAGUCUAUCCAUAGUGAGUGGAAUAUAGAAGUCCAAUUGGGGGGUUUGCAGUCUCCAAAAGCUGGUAAUGAUAGCAAUGUACCUAGACCCUUUUGAGGAAUCUGUCUGCAUCAUACUGAUGCGUGUUUUCAUCAUACCCACUUCAUCUGCUAUAAGUACCCCCAUAAUCUCUUUGUCCUAAACAAUUUUCACACCCAUAUUAAAGGGGCAUAUAUGUAUAUUAAACUCUGAA